ACGACCGCUCGUCUUACGGUCAAUAUCCGGGAGGGGCUAGACCCGCUUGCCUGGCCUACAGAGUCUCGCGAGAGUGGGGAGCUUCCCUUCUUCUCCCCCACCCCCAUCCUCCGUGGAGCCGAGGCACCGGCCCAGUCCAAGUCGGGCCGGACCAUACGGGGCAGGGAAGGAGGGGGAGGACGGAGAGCCUUCCGGCCUUUUCCCUGGAAAAAGACAAGCCUAGGAGUAGGAACCGCAAACAGGGGGAGAGUUUUCUCUCUCUUAUGACCUCCUCUCUUUGUGUUUGGAAAGUUCCGGGUUUAUUCAGCCCCCACGGAGAUUCUCUAAGAACUGCAAGUUUCCAAUCCAAUUUUUUGUCACCUCACUGAAUUAUUCUGCAAAAUGAUGGUUCCUGAAUUUACUCUUGGUAUUUGGAUACUUCUACAGCUGAUUAGUCCUGUGGCUAAUUAUGCAAAUGGAAAAGUAAUGGAGGCUUGCCAUACAAUGGUUCCUGGACAUGGCUAUCCUCCCCAAUCAGAUCCUGUUCAUAAAAUCACAUUGAAUCAAACCACAUUCCUUCCAGGAGAUACUGUCACAGUUACUCUGUCUGGGCCACGGUUUAAAGGAUUCCUCAUAGAAGCCCGCAAUGCGGAGGAUUUGAAAAGCAGUUCCAUUGGCUCUUUCACUCUGUUUGAUGAAGAGGAGUGUCAGCUUUUGACUUGUGAUCACAAAGAGGGCUCAGCUGUCAGUCAUACAAGCCCAUCAAAAAAAACCCAAAUAGAGGUCUAUUGGAAUGCACCAGACACUGCUAAUCACUCUAUACAAUUUCUAGCCACUGUUGUUGAGAAGUAUAAAAUCUACUGGGUAAAGAUUCUCAGCCCUGUUCUUUUCCCAUUAAAUGCACAUCCUUUUACAAUGUCCCAAACUACAAAAGUGUCUUCACCAACAUCAAGUCCCAUCACCAAUUUAAAAAAAUCGUUCAGUGCAUUGGAUUGUGGGGAAAAAAAGUUCUGUAUCAGGAAUCCUGUGAACUGUGAUCCAGAGAAUGAAUACCACUGUUUCUUUCUCUCCUUUGAGAGAAAGAAUCAUUCAGUGCUGAUUGAAAUGAGUGGACCUAAUGAAGGCUACUUAUCCUUUGCGUUGUCUCAUGAUCAAUGGAUGGGUGAUGAUGAUGGAUACAUAUGUAUUCAUGAAGAUGAGACUGUGCAUAUACAUCCUUCUUAUGUGGUUGGACGAAGUCACCCUGUGUUAGAGUCUUCGGCUACACUUGAAGCUAUGGCAUGGAGAUUGACUGAUGGAGUUAUUCAAUGUUCUUUUAGAAGAAAUAUUAGUCUUCCUGGUUCGAAGAGAUUUGAUCUGGACCAGAAGUAUUACAUAUUUCUAGCAAAUGGAGCCACCAAUAAUGGUCAGAUUUAUAAACAUUCAGAACACCCUCUGAUUACCAGUGAAAAACAUGAUGUGACUGACCAUCCAAAGAACAUAGGAGGCUCCCGAUCUCCACUUCUCCUGAAGUUUCAUGGUGCACUCAUGUUUGUGGCUUGGAUGACAACUGGGAGCAUUGGUGUAUUGGUGGCCCGAUUCUUCAAACCUGUGUGGUCCAAGGCCUUCUUCUUUGGUGAGGCAGCUUGGUUUCAGAUACAUCGGUUUCUAAUGCUCUGCACUUCUGGCCUUACCACUGUUGGCUUUGUACUUCCUUUCAUAUAUAGAAAAGGCUGGAGUAAGGAAGCAGGCUAUCAUCCGUACCUUGGCUGUGUAGUGAUGAUGUUAGCAGUCCUUCAGCUGCUUCUGGCAGUUUUCAGGCCCCCAUCACAUGAUCCAAGACGCCCGAUAUUUAAUUGGACUCAUUGGGGGACUGGUACUGCUACUAGGAUACUAGCAGUUGCAGCAAUAUUCCUGGGAAUGGACUUACCAGGACUCAACCUUCCUUCUCCAGUGAAAACUUAUGCAAUGAUUGGAUUUGUAGCUUGGCAUGUUGGCACUGAGAUUCUUCUUGAGAUACAUGCCUAUCGGCUCACACGCAAAGUUGAAAUAUUGGAAGAUGAUAGAAUUCAGAUUCUUCAGUCGUUUACAACAGCUGAGGCAGAGGGCCAUGCAUUUAAAAAGGUGGUAUUAGUCAUCUAUUUUUGUGGUAAUGUCGCUUUCCUCUUCAUAUUCUUAACUGCAAUUGGCCAGCAGUGAUCUAACUUUCAACAGUGAGUGGACAAAGGCAAACGGAACCUUGGAUUUGAAUGAUGAGAUGAUGAAACUUGAAGCCUGUAUUACUUGCCCCCAAUUGUUUUCUGAAAUUUUAGUUUGAAAGAUGAAUGUCAUAUUUAUGAAAGGAUUCUGAGCUAGGAUUACUGAAAAGAAGUGAUCCAAAUAACAACCCUGAGUGAAACAAGAAUGGCCAAUGAAAGCCAGCUAACUGAAGUUAGAGUUGGAUAUCUAUUUUUCUGGAAUUGUUGCAAUGAAGGGGAAUGCUGUGAAGCAUCCCUUUCAUCAAGGGUUGUCUGGGUAAUAAACUUUUAUCAAGUCCUUUAUGUGUAGUUUUACAGCUUCAAGGAAAGUUAUACUUUAAGGAACGAAUCUCACACUUUUUUCUAUGAGAUAAGUAUAAUAAAAACAAAAUAAAUUUGUAAAGAAACUUUAAUGAUCCUCUAUCCUAACAAAACUAAAAUCCAACCAACUCACUUAACUUUUGGAAAAAAAAUGAUUUCCAUUGAAGAAGUUAAGCUCCUAAUGGCAAUAUGUUACAGUUUUAAAAAAAAGAAAUCCAUGCUUUUUUAUUAAUUCAUCUUAAAUACUGUAGCUUCUCUUAAAAUGGAAAGCUACAUAGUUGUUAGAAGAGUUUGGAACAUAAUCCGUAUUCUAGUUUCCUUAUCUUUAGUUUUGUGAUGAACUGGAGUCAAGGUUAAGAAAACAUCAUGGCUUUUAUUUAAAAAAUGUAGAAGUGUAGAAAAAAUACUGUGGCCCCAUCAAGUCUUCUCAACUGAUCUAACAAAAUCCUUUAAAGAACCUCAGGAUUAGAACAGAAACAAUGAAUCAUCUUUUUUCAUGUUCCUUGUUUUGACUAUAAUCUAUGACUCUUAUUAAUCUUGAAGAUAAAACUUGGGCAAAUUGAUUCAAAAGAACACUUGUGUAAACAUGUCUAGUGCCCUCCAUUACUUUCCAUCCUGAAAUUUAAAAAACAUGCCAAGAGCUAUAUUGCCUUAGAAAGAAACCCAUGAAAUGAAGCAGAAAAUGCCAUUCUUCAUGUGAAUUUUUUGUUUUGUUUUGUUUUUAAUCACUUGUCCCUUCCAAUGAUUUGUGGGCAGAUUCCAUAGUUGGCAUCAUGACCUCUAACCAUUGGGUGGUGCUCUAAAACCAGAGUUCUAGAUCUACAACAGCAGUGCUCAGUGAUUCAGAUUCAUGCUUCCAUACCGACAUGAUAUGAAAAUAGUUUGGCAGCUGUCUUUCCCUAAGUUUAUUUAAGAUUUAUUUCUUUAUUGGGAAGGUGGUGGUACAUAGAAAAUUAAUGAGAAACAUUAGCAUUUACAUUAAAUUGUAUUUAUGGGGGUGAAAAGAGAAAGGGAGGGAAGGUCACCAUUUUUUCCUUUUAAAGAUGUUUGUUUACAGACUCCAUAACAAAUGAAACUUACUUGAGGAGGGACGAACAAGAUGUUAUUAAAUAUUCUUUUUAUGGAAUAGAGGAAGUCUUUUUUGGUUAUUAGUUGAUAUUUUAAAUGGUAUUUCUCUGAGUGUUUUGAUAAUGUUCAAAUUUUUGCUUAGGUCAUAGGCAAUCUCUUUUUGAGCAAGGGAACAACAUAAGCCAAACCUACUAUUAUUUAUUUUACUGAAUAAAAUUGUCUGGUUUUUUUCCUUUCUCUGUGUAAGUAAACACUGAUCAUUAAAAAAAAACCUAAGAGGUUAACAAAAACUUGCUCUACUCAUCUUUUCUGAAUGCAAAAUUUUUAAUAUUUUUGCUUUCAUCAUCUAUGUUCCUUUUUAUCAUUAU